AUGGCUAUUUACAAUUCAUUUGCAAAUUAUAAUCAAAAUGAGCCCAAUCAAACGCUUAUUAGUUCUUCAAUGCUGAAUGAUAUAGACAAGAGCGCAAUUAAUGCUUGUAUAGCUGCUCUGAAACCUUCUCAACAAACAAAUAAAUUCUCGAACAAAAAUCAACCAACGGUAUCGAAUCCUUCGGAUGAUCAGGAUUAUAUAUUCCUGGAACAGGAUUCACAUGAGAAAAUUGAGCAGAUUUUACAUUACUAUCGGCAGGAGCUAAAACAAGAAUCGCAAUCUCAGGUAGAUUGUACUCGGAAAUUAAUCAUACGUCUGGUUGAUUUUAUUCGACCAUGUUAUUCUUUAAAUGAGCGAAAGUUGAGAGGUUUAAAUGAAUUGUUUGAUGAAAUAUCGAGUUUACAUGCUAAGAAAUCUAUGGAACAAAAAGAUAAAAACCAAGAACUACAAAAUGAAAUUUCACGCUUAGAAAAAUUCAUAAUCACAUCGACAAAUCCGUAUAACGCCAAGGCAAAUGUUUAUGCAACGGAUUUGACAUUUGAUUACGACGAAUGGAUGAAGCUAGAAGAAGAAACAAGAAAACUUCGAGAUUUAGUUGAACGUCAGACUGAUAAAAUCGACGAACUUAUCAGACUUUUAUCAUAUUCAGGCACACUUACACACCAGACUUCCCAGUUAAGAAGCAUCAUUGGUGCUACUUUCGAAACUGAACGUGGCCAACAACCGCCCAGUAGCUCUAGCGCUACUGUUGGAAAACCAUUUCCAUCGAGAGCACCGAUCUAUCCGCAAUUAGAUUCAGGUACGAAUUUAUUACAAACCACAAACAACAGAUUUAAUUUACGCGAUCCAGUAAAUAAUGAAGCGCAAAAUGGAGGGCGACCUACAGUUACUACUAAUUAUUUGUCACCACUCUCGCGCAAAAUCUCAUGUACUAACGACAGAAAAUGUCCUAUAUGCAAUUAUCAAUUUCAUAAAACAGCUAAUGAAUUCGAAAUCAUUACUCAUGUCGACAGAUGUUUUAUUGACGCGGGUAUGGACGAUCUUGCUCCUUGCUCUGAACCAGAACAAUAUGAAUGUCCAAAAUGUAAUCAACAAUUUCCAUCCGAUCGUGAAAAAGAAUAUCGCGAACAUUUAUCAGAUUGCUAUGCAUAG